AUUUCGUGUUGAUGUCUAUUGCGAAAGGAGUGUAAACAAGUUUGUCUCAGGUGCGAUGUUGUAUUCAACUUGGUUUUGAUAUAAUGCUUUGUUUGUUGAAGUGUACGUAAAUUUUCAUGAAAGUUUUUACUGAACACAAUGGGAAGUACCGAUAAAGGAAUUAUUACCGGGUUUAUAUGUAGACUUUGUUCUAAAGUGAAUCGAUACGUAAUUCAUAUUUAUGGUGAAAAGGGACAGAAAAUGCAGUUGCCAGAGAAGAUAAAUGCUUACUUGCCGAUCAGUAUCAGUGCGAAUGAUCAGCUGCCGAAGACAGUGUGUCUGCAAUGCAUAGACAGCUUGGAAGCUCACCAUGAACUGAUGGAGCAGUUCGCGUGGGCGCGGCAGCGGUUGGCAACAUCAAAGACACUCGAUGGGACCAAGAAGAAGAGCGAGGCCAGGGCAUGCGACCUGCACGUGCCCGGCUGCAGUUCUGCCAACACGUCAACAUCCGUGGUGGGCGACGCGCUGUCGCCACCGUCGUCCUCAUCACAAGUGCGGGAGUAGUGUGUGAUCGGUGUGUUCGUGUCCAGCUGUAUGUACUGCGUGUUCGAAGUGUUCUUCCUUUCGGUCAUGUCGACAACUUUGUACAUAAACUAGUUUUUACUUGCGUUCUUUAUUGUACUACAUCAUUUUCUAUGCUUGUAAGUGAUACAUGAAAUGAGUUGUUUAGCUUAGAUGUGUUCUUCAAAUUUUUAUGCAGUUUUCUUGUGUGUAUUAUAUAUUACUAUUCAUUUAAUAUAAAAGCUAUAUAUUUUUAAUAAUUUUUAUUUCCGAUGUGUUUUGAAAGUAAAAACACCGGUUUGCAAAAUUAAAUGUCUCAUGAUAUAAUGUGUUUUUUUUUUUUUGUGUUUUUCGUUUGAUGAUUGUUAACUGGUGUGAAUAAUGUAAGUUUGAGUGUUUUGGCUAACUGUUUCCAACAAGUUCACAUACUUGAUGGUGUUAAUAUGAUGGUACUGUUAUGUAUAUUUGUUUGUGUAAUAUGCUAAUAAUAUAACAAUAUAACCACUCUGUGUGUCUUAAAGUAAA